UCGAAGGAAAUUUUAAUGCUUUUCCAUGGAGUACAAUGAAAAUCUUUGUCGCUUGUGUUUGGAAAUUGACUUUGAUGCUCAAAACCAUGAAAUUUCCAUGAAUGUCAUCAAUGCUCUCAAGGAUAUUUUUAAAAUACGGCUUUUAGAUUCAUCAAAUGAAACUUUGCCACGCCAUUUGUGCUCUUCAUGUUCAACUACAGUGUCUCAUUUUUACUCAUUUUAUAUUGAAAAGAUGGCAAAUCAAACAAAACUCCUUUUGGGCCUCGAAAAAUUCGGAUUGGCAAAAAAUAAUGUUUCAAGGACCUUCGAUGAAAACGAUUCAGAUUCAACAAUCAGCAUCGAUGAGAGUCAAUUUGAUUCGAGGAUAGUAAAAGAAGAUGAACGAUGCAAUUCUAACAUUGGCGUUGAAUCGGAAAUACAGGAGCAACGAUCAAAUGCUGAGGAAAAUUCCAUAGAAGAAGUUGAUUCACAAAGUUCAAUUCAUAUCGAGAGUGAUGAUGAAAGUAAUCUUCUUUUGCAAGUAACAAAACCAAAAUCUUUAGUCGACUCGUAUGACACUCUUUCAACAUUUACAUCUCAAGAGACCUAUGUUAGUGACGAUUUCGCGAAUGAUCCAACUUAUACGCCUUCUGAAAGUAUGAUAGCAAGUCAAAGCUCAACAAUAUCCUCGUCGUCUAAUUCAAAAUCAACAUCCAAUGAGGAAAUUACACAAAACGAAACUCAACCCAAUAGUCAAGAGUCACGAGACUCUGAUGUAGAAAUUACAGGAGUAAUAAGUGCCUUACACAGUGCCAUGAAAAGAAAGUUAUCACAACCAUCGAUAUUGAAUUAUUUUGCAGUUAAAAAAGAGAAAAUUGAAGUUCGAAGAAACAAAAUUACAAACUAUUUUGGCAUAAAACACAAAAAUAUUGAUUUAAAAGGCCUUGAAUGAAAAAAAUUACAAAUAAUCAUACUUAAUUUCAAUAGUUUAAUAAAUAAUUUUUUAUAUCUUUUACUACGUAUAUUUGUAUCUGCAUGUCAUUCUCGCGAAUAG